GGGGUGGUACAAUGUUGCGCUGCGAGGUCCUCCUGCACUCAGAGGACGCAUGAGAGCUGAGGAUAGUCGGAGCAAACGGAAGCAAAGUUGGUGUUAAAGUCAGUCUACCUCCCAGAGUGACCAUGAGAGUCCUCCUCCUCAUCUGCAUGCCAGUUCUGCUGCUCGCCCAGGCUCAGUACCAGGAACCCUUUCCUUUUCUGGAGGACUAUGGGCCGGAUUAUUUUCAAGAGUCUGAAAAUCCCGAAUCUCUUCCUGGAACCUACCAACAACAGGUUCGACUGGAGCCAGUGGUCCGUCCAGAAAAAUCAGAGUCCGAAGUGGAGACGGAGCCCACAGAGCCUGGCCCUCUUGAUUGCAGAGAGGAGCAGUAUCCCUGCACCAGGCUUUAUUCUGUUCACAAGCCAUGCAAGCAGUGCCUGAACAGCCUCUGCUUCUACAGUUUGCGACGGGUGUACGUCAUCAACAAGGAGGUUUGCGUGAGGACUGUGUGUGCACAUGAAGAGCUGCUCAGAGCGGACAUGUGUCGUGAUCAGUUCUCUCGCUGCGGCGUGGCAGCGCUGAGCGGCCAGUGUUCAUCAAUAGGAGGAAGCUGCGGGAAGAGCUGCGGUGGCUGCUGAUUGAGUACAGAGUUCAGGGACACUACCUGCCCAGAUACUGCCGCUUUUUCUUCCACCCAUCCACAUCCUCUUCCUGCUCCCACCUCUCCUGCCUUUUGACUCUUCCUCUACAACUUAUUACUCCUGUGCGAAAAGCACUUUUCUGUCGUGUUUAUCUUUGUCUCGUCUGCCCAGUUGAUCCUGUGUGUAUGGAUGAGUAUUCUCCAAAGAACAUUGAUGAUUGUAUAGAUCACUGGUGCUAUAAAAUCACCACACUGGUGCUAUAAAAACUAUUAGAGAAGCACAUUAAAACUGCGGAACAUCUUUUUUCUAUUUUUGUUUUUGGCAUAUUGUACCGUAUUAAUCUCAUGCUUUGUGUUUGUUAAUGUUACUGUACUGAAAAGCAGUGUAAUGAUGAUCAACUCAUCAGUGGUGCCCACUGGGCACUGACAUCAGACAAACCUAAUCAUUAUCCAGCCAUGGUAGAUCAUGACAUGUGUAGUGAGUGACCUCAGUUUUUGUACUACUGCCACCUGGAUCUGUGCUUAGCAACCAAGCAGCAAGCUUAUAUCAAUAUAUUCCAGUGGCAACAAGUGCUUUAAAAAGGCAUCUCGCAAACAGCCUCUGUACUACUGCUUUGUAAAACUGUCACUAUAAAGACUGAGAAAAAUAAAUAAACUUUUUUUUUUACUACA